AUGUCGAAAGAUAUUGCUUCCAUGAGAGAAAUACAACACAACCGACAACUCAUUGUGCAAGCUCUAAAUAAGAACACAACAAACUUUUCAAACUAUUCUAAGAUAUCUGAGUCAUUGAAAGAAGGAAACUUAAAACUGACAUUAAACCCAAUGACAGAUGAGUUUCUGUUUCAAGACAAUAAGAACCAUACUGUCUGUAUAAAUCCAACAAAAGGAACUUUAAACGAGAAACCUAUAGAUGAACUUCUUUUGAAGGCAGAUAUUGACAACAAAGCUGACAAAGAGUAUGUAGAUGCAACAAGAGACUAUAUUCUCGCAUGGACAGAUAGAACAUACCCACAAAAACACCAUACACAUAACAUCUAUGACGUAGAUGAACUACCAGCAAUGUUAGAUGACAAAGUGGAUAAAACAUAUGUUGACAAUAAAAUGUCAAGUGAAGUGACAAGAGCUGACAAAGAAUAUUCUAAAAAGACUCAUACACACGAUUUCUUCGCAACUGUUGGUAUAGAAAAUAUUGCAGGAACGGUUGAAGAACCUGAUGGAACUGGUGGGGAUGCAUUGUAUUGGAAACCUCCUAACUUUCCACAAGGUUUAACAUCGGAGGAUGACAUAACGACGAUGAAAUACACUAGAUGUAGAAAUGUCUAUGUCAUGGAGGAUGAAAACAAAGUUAAAUUCACUGCUCAAGAUUUAUAUGACAACAAAGCUGACAAAACAUAUGUUAACGAUGAGUUAGAUAAAAAAGCUGACAAAACAUAUGUUAACGAUGAGUUAGAUAAAAAAGCUGACAAAACAGAGCUUCAAACGUUAAAGACAGAAAUGCUUCAAACAUUAUAUCCUAUAGGCUCUAUUUAUAC